AUGUGUUCUCACAAGACUUUCAGGAUCAAGCAGUUCCUGGCCAAGAAACAAAAGCAGAAUUGUCCCAUUCCCCAGUGGAUUCAGAUGAAAAAUGGUCAUAAAAUCAGGCACUACUCCAGGAGGAGGCAUUGGAGAAGAACUAUGCUGGGUGGAAAAGAGAUCACACAUGAGAUGGCACAUAAUUUAUGCUGUAUGAAGGUCACAUGCUCAUAUCCUAUCACUUUGUAA